CGUCUGCAUUCAGUAUGUUCAAAGUGACGUCUACAUCCAGUCUACGAAUGUGUACAAUGUCAGCCUUUCGCUAAAUUUCUUCAUUUCUUCUUUUUGUUUUGUUGAUUUUUGUGCGAUUUACAAAAUUGAAUAAAUUUAAUAGCUGCUUCGUGGAUUCAAUUUAAUUUCAUCAGUACUGAACGGCAGCACAUUUGCAAUGGCAUCACGAGGUGGUCCAAUGAUAACGGGUACAGACGGUGCUGAUUUUGAGCAUCGACAACGAGUUGCUGCACACUAUCAAAUCAGUGCUCUGAACAAAUCACGGCUCAAAUAUUGCAUAUUCUUUCACUUUCUGCUGUUCUUUGCGAUGUUGGCCAAAUUGUCUGCAGACAUUUUAGAUCGUUUGGAUAUUUUCAUAUUGGAAAUUGAAGAGCUGCAGGUACCGGUGCCGCUGUGGUGGGAAUACUUUUGGUGCACCUCGGUACUGAUGUCGUUCAUCGGUUUGUCAGCUGCCAAAGGCAAUCGCAUUAAAGACAUGAAAAAAUACGUCAUUGGUUUGAUUGUCACCGCUUUACUGCCGCUUCUCUAUUGUGCUAUUUACUAUUUUUCGGAUAUUGUCGGCUACAUGAGCUUAGAUGAAGAGACUGACAUUCAAGACACGGACAUUUUUGUGUGGCGGGGUAAACCAUACGGACUAAUUUGGUAUGCAUUUGUUUUGGUCGCAAUUCAAGUGCACGGCAUGUCCAUAUUCUUCGCAUGGAAUUUAAUACAAGCCUGGCGAUCACGAACUACUGCACGGAAGUUACAAUAGACUCAAUAUGAACUUGUAAACGCACUGCACAAACGAAAUCUACUUAAUUUAUUCGAAAGAUGGAGAUUUGUUCAACAGAUAUUAAAGAAAAAUAUUGUUUCAAAAAAAUAAAAUAAACAGAAAAUUCGUGUAUAAUUGUUGUUGAAUUAAAAAGAAAAUUGAAACGAAUCAAUGUAAACGGAAUAGUGUAAAUGGAGACGCCUGCUAAAUGUGGCUCAAUCGAUGUGCUUUUUCAUUUCGAUGGAGAAAAUGUGUAACGGUGAAAAUAAAAGCUUUCGAUUGAAAAUUGAAAAUGAAAACAGCAACUGGUUUCACUUUUACAUUUGGAUUUAUUAGAUUAAAAUGCAGUUACACUGGA